CGCUCUCUCUCCACCAGGUGGCAGACGUGUGCAGUUUGUCAGAGACGAUGUCGUCGCAGCAGCACAGCAAGCCAUGUAAACAAAGAGUCUAAGUUUUCUUCUGCAGGUUAAAUAACACAUCUACAAAAAUGGGGAAGCGGGAUAACAGAGUGGCAUACUUGAACCCAAUAGCUGCUGCCAGAGCCAGAGGACCUGCACCUGUCUCCGGUCCCACCAUACAGGAUUAUCUCAGUAGGCCUCGACCAACAUGGGAGGAGGUGAAGGAGCAGCUGGAGAAGAAGAAGAAGGGCUCAAAAGCUUUGGCUGACUUUGAGGAUAAAAUGAAUGAGCGAUGGAGGAAGGAGCUGGAGAAAAAUAGAGAGAAAGUCCUCAGCGGAGGUGAAAAAAAAGAAAAAGAGAAAGACAAGGAGAAGAAAGAAAAGGAGAAAGAUAAAGACAAGAAAGAGAAAAAGAAGAAGGAAAAGAAGAAAUCAAGUAGGCAUUCUUCGUCUUCUUCCUCCUCCUCAUCGAGUUCUGAUUCCUCCAGCAGUUCGUCAUCCGAGUCUGAAGAUGAGGAUGAAAAGAAGAGUGUAAAGAAGAAGCGGAAAAGAAAGCGAUCCUCAGCACGGAAAGCAUCUGAAGAUUCUGAUGCAGAGACAGACACAGACAGCAAGGAAUCGUCUAAAAGGAAGAAGAAAAAACUCAGGGAAGAGGGAGAAAAAGAUAAGGAUGAAAAGGGCAGUCGGAAGAAGAAGAAGACUGAGAAAAGCCACUCUGAGUCCUCAGAUGAGUCCGAAUUAGAUGGUGAUGGUGAAUCCAAAAAGAAAAAACGCAGUAGUGAAGAGAAAGAAAAGGCUACACAGGACAAAUCAAAGAAAAAGAAGAAGAAGAGGCAUAAGAAACACAGUAAAAAGAAGAAGAAGAAGACAUCAGGAUCAGAGUUAGAUUAGAGAGUAGCUGCGUGGCGUCCAGUUGUGAAAGGUAGCUGGAAGACUGAGUGUGUUUGGAGCCCUUGCCAGGCUGCUGGCAAAACCAACAGAAGUCUGCUUGAGGGACUCUGAAAUGAGGCUGUUUUUGGAGCAGUGUGUCUUCCUGCUUAAGCAGGAUGAUGAUUGUAUGGAUGAAUGAUUGAGUUUGAUAGGGGUUGUGAGGGCUUUGACUCUCUGGGUUUUUUAUUUUUUGCUUGUGUGUGU